GUUAUUUGUAAACUACUCUGAGAGAAAUGUUGAAGUUUUUAUGUUUAUCUGUGUUGGUGGCGGCGGCCCAUGCCAUAGUAUGCCCACCAAAUGCGUGCCAGAUGGUAAGAUGUGCAGCCGUUACUGCUGAAAGCUGUGGGGGUACAAUCAAGACAAACGGGGGGUUCUGUGGCUGUUGUGAUGCCUGUAUCACUGAGUUAGCGGAAGGUGAAAAGUGCAUGAGUACUUUAUUCCUUGGUGUCCCAUCAACAACACAGUGCGCUGAUGGCCUCUUCUGUGACUCUAAAACUAGCACGUGUCAACGUAUGAACGUAAAGAGAGACGUUGCCACGUGCGCCGAUAAGUUGGCGGCAGUGAAUGCUAGACUUACAGCACAACCCAUGUUGCUCGGACUUGAGAAGCCCCACUGUGAGGUCGAUGGUACAUAUGAAGGAAUGCAGUUUGCUGGCUCUCAAGCAUAUUGUGUCACCUCUGACGGUUCGAUGAUUAGCGGUUACAUGGUGAACAGAUGGGAAACUGGAGAUCACAUGGACUGCCAAUGUGCGAGGGAUCAAUAUGCAUACCAGCAGACCGGUCUAAUUGGUAAAAUGUUUUACUGUGACAAGAACGGUAACUAUGCAUCAGUGGGAUGUUCGGGAUCUGUGUGUUACUGCCAGGACAAAAUGGGCAAACAAGUUGGUACAUCAACAGUUGGAAUCUGGGAGAAAGAUUCUAUGAACUGUUAAAAAUACAGUAAACAAGAUGAACAUUGAUGUCUAUAAUGAAUCAGAUGUUGAAUUGAAAGUAAAAAAUAAAGAUCACUUACACUAUAAUUACGUCAAUUUAUCCAUUAUUUCGUUUGAAAAUAAAACAUUGCAAAUUA